AUGGCGGGUGUAAGCAAAUGCAUGAAGUACUCCAUGUUCAUCUUCAACUUUUUCUUUUGGGUGUGUGGUUGCAUUAUUUUGGGAUUCUCUAUAUGGAUACGUGUUAGCAAUCAUCAGCAGCAACACUUAGGGAUGGACAGCAGCAUGCUUGCAGGAGUUAAUCUACUAAUAGCCGUGGGUGCCAUCAUUAUGAUCCUUGGUUUCCUGGGAUGCUGCGGUGCUGUAAAGGAGAGCCGGUGCAUGUUGAUGUUGUUUUUCAUUGCACUGCUUCUGAUCCUGAUUCUUCAGAUCAUAGGAGGUGUUUUAGGAGCAGUGAACAAAUCUCAGGUGGAAGCAGCCUUUGAAGUUACUCUAAGCACAAUGGUGAAUUCACUGCAAAGUACUACAGGAGAACAUAAAGAGUAUCAGGAGGAGUUCCAGAAGUUCGAGAGAAAGAACCAGUGCUGUGGAUUGCAGAAUGGACCUAAAGACUGGGGAGAAAAUUUUAACAAACUUUCCUCAAACAUCUGCCAGUGCAAACCAGAGGAGCAAUCAACAGACCUCUGCAUAAAAUAUCAAGGCAAAUACAUUUAUACAAAGCCUUGUGGAGAAGUGAUUAUGCAACAAAUUAAAGACAAUCUGGUCAUAAUUAUGGGGAUCGCCUUUGGACUGGCUGUUGUUGAGAUUCUUGGUUUGGUGUUUUCUAUGAGCCUCUACUGCCAGAUUGGGAGAAAAUGA